AUGCUCCCCGGGGCAGGACCCCUCGCCUUCCUCCUCCGGUGCCUGCUGCUCCUCCUCGGCUCCGAGAGCCGCGCCCGGGCUCGGCCGGAUGUGUUCUGUGACUUCAAUGGCAAGAAGUACAGCCCGGGUGAGAGCUGGCACCCCUACCUGGAGCCGCAGGGGCUGAUGUACUGCAUCCGCUGCAGCUGCUCCGAGAAUGCCAACACCAGGUGCUACCGGAUCCAGUGCCCAGCUCUGCAAUGUGCCAGCUCAGUCACAGACCCCCAGCAGUGCUGCCCACGGUGCCUUGAGCCACAUUCCCCAUCUGGCCUGCGGGCACCCCUCAAGUCCUGCCAGUACAACGGGACAAGCUACCAGCAAGGGGAGAUGUUCACCACCAGUGAGCUGUUCCCCAGCCGCCAGCAGAACCAGUGUGUGCAGUGCAGCUGCUCCGAAGGUCAGAUCUACUGUGGCUUGGUGACCUGCCCAGAGCUCCUGUGCUCCUCUCCCCUCACCGUGCCGGAUUCCUGCUGCCAGGUCUGCAAAGAUGGCUCACAGGAGAGGUCCAUGGAAGAGGAGCCCCCGCAGUUAAACAGAGGUGUUAGGCACUCUCAGGACCAGUGCCUGGGGGAGCCCAUGGGCAGGAAGCCUCCCGGAGCCACUGUGGCCACUGCCCUCAGCUCCUCCCUGGAGUUCGUGCCCAGGAGCUUCAAACCCAAGGGAGGAGGUGGCACCACCGUGAAGAUCGUCCUGAAAGAGAAGCACAAGAAAGCCUGUGUGUACAACGGGAAGACCUAUUCCCAUGGGGAAGUGUGGCAUCCCGUCUUCCGGCUCUACGGCCUCCUGCCCUGCAUCCUUUGCACUUGCAGGGAUGGUGUCCAGGACUGCCAGAAGAUCUCCUGUCCCAAGGAGUAUCCGUGUGACCAUCCGGAGAAAGUAGAUGGGAAGUGCUGUAAGAUAUGUCCAGAAACCAAGGUCAAACCCACUGAUGGAGCAGCCACCACACACUGUGGCAAGAGCCCCAACCGCGUCCUGGUGUACAUGUUUGUGCCACCGAGCUCCGGGUCCUCCAAGGAGAUCCUCAGGACGAUGGCAGUGGAGAAGGAGCCUGCAGAAGAGGUGGAGAUCUACAACUGGAAGCUGGUUAAAGGAAUCUUCCAUCUGAUCCAGACCAAGAAGAUCAGCAAACAGGAAUUCAAGCAGGAAGCACAGAACUUCAGACUCAUCACCAGGACGAACGAAGGUCACUGGAACAUCUUCCGAGCCCAGACGUCAGAGCUGCGGAUGACAGAGAGCCCAGAGAAAGACACAAAGAACUUGUAAUGAGAGCAAACUCUACCCUAGCUAUUGAUCUAUGUACACACCCCAUACACACAUACACCUAUAUAGGAACUACAAAGCCUCAUUACUCAAUAGACUGGCACAGCAGUAAAGGAUGCACUCGUGUAAACUACAGAACCUCCAGCAAUGGAACCAAACAGAACCACAUGGAACCACAGCCAUGGAGGUGCCUCUCUCCAAUGGGAGAGCACUAGAGGUUGGCUAUUGCCUCCUGCGACAGAGGUUGGAUGUGCAGAGGGAAGAGGAGGAAGAGACAAUAGAGAUGUGAGACAUAAAGAGGUGGGAUACAUCCCUGACCCCAGCAUCCUGAAGAGCAUCAGGAGUGAGCAGCAACCAUGACCGGGCUUCUUUCCAACCACCAACAUGAAGAUGACCUGCAAGGAAAGACAAACCAUCCCUAUCCUUUUCCUUGGAGCCCCUGUGACCUGGAAAGGGUUUCCUUGGAUAAAUACCCCCCCAAAGGGGGUAAAAACCUUGGGUCUUCUCUCCUCUGUUCCAGCCGGAAGGAUUCCUUUUCCCUUCUUUGCAGGUCACUUGAAGAUGGAGCUUUUGGGAGGACCCACCUGCUGACAGGGUCUGAGACCCCGAGCGCUGCACUAAGGUCGCUACCAAGCAUGUUAUUGUGCUAUAUAUCUAUCUAUAUCCUACCUAAUAUCUACUGGGCUGUAUUCACAGGAGGGGCAUCUCCCAAAGGGCGAACAGGACCAUUUCUGCAGCGUGGGGAGGAGGGGGUGCAGCAGCAUCGCCCUCCCCCUGUCUGGAACCAGCUUUGGGGGAGUUUCAGGUUGUUUUGGUACAUGUAUUUAUCUCUGGUUUCUGGUUUUAUUCCGUUUUGAUAAAUCUAUUUAUUUGGAGAUCCAGAGCUGAUAAAUCUGAUUAAAGCGUCUUCUUGAUUCA